AGUGGGCACUUGUGGCAGAGUCCGCGGUACACAGAAAGCUUACUCGCGGACAAGUAAGCGCUUGUGAUUGCAAUCCGACGGGCUCUCUCAGUCUUCUGUGCGAAAAUUAUGGUGGAAUGUGUCCGUGUAAGUCAAACGUGGUCGGCAGACGUUGCGAUCGUUGCGCGCCAGGAACGUAUGGAUUUGGUCCAGAAGGAUGCAUUCCCUGUGACUGUAAUAGUGUUGGUGCACUUGAUAAUUUCUGCGACGUCGAAACUGGCCGAUGUAAGUGCCGUUCAAAUACUUACGGUAGAACCUGCGGCCAAUGUGAACCCGGCUUUUGGAAUUUCCCACAUUGUCAGCGCUGUGAAUGCAACGGACAUGCUGACAGUUGCGACUCGAACACUGGAGCAUGCAUUAAUUGCCGAGAUUUUACUACCGGACACACUUGCGACCGAUGCAUCGAUGAUUUCUACGGCGAUCCGCGGAUUGGGGUGGAUAUACCCUGCAGAGCAUGUCCUUGCCCAGGUACUCGUGAAUCCGGUCAUUCAUACGCUGACAGUUGCUCUUUAGACUCUGUAACACAAGAUGUAGUGUGCGAAUGUUUCGAGGGGUACUCCGGGCCGCGAUGUGAGUUUUGUGCCGAGAAUUAUUUUGGUAAUCCCGAAAGAGUACCAGGUGGAUGCGAAAUAUGCAACUGCAACAACAAUACAGACUUACAUCGAGCAGGAAACUGCGAUCGACAGACUGGUCAUUGCCUUCAAUGUUUGUUCAAUACUGCUGGUCGAAACUGCGAAGUAUGUAGACCAGGAUUCUAUGGAAAUGCUCUUCGACAAGACUGCCGGGAUUGUCAAUGCAAUGUGCUUGGCACUGAUAAGAGCACAGGUCCGUGCGACCAUCGUACCGGACAAUGCCCGUGUUUGCCACAUGUCAUUGGACAACUUUGUGAUUCUUGUGAGGAGUAUCAUUGGAGAAUUGCCAGUGGACAAGGUUGCGAUCCGUGCGAGUGUGACAUAGUUGGAAGUAUUUCAGACAGGUUCUCUUAUAAAACAAUUUUUAUAAAAAUCAAAGUUCUUUUUUUUUUAGAAAAUGUAUUAUUCUCGAAAGUUUUACAAUUACUUUCUUCAAAAACAAUAUUAUUUCUUGAAUAAUCCUAUUAGAUUAUAAAUUAAGAUUAAAAGUUGAUUUGAAAUUAACCAGAAAGUUGAUUUGAAAUUAAUCAGAAUUUAAAAAAUUAAUUUCAAGUUUAGUAAAUGUUCUAAUUCUAAUCGAAUUUCAAUCCAAGCUCAAUUCUAAUACAUAGUUUUAUACUUAGUCGGCGUAACAAAAAUCAGAUGAGUUCCAGAUGCGCACAAAAUAAAACGGAUACGUUGUGUCACACACAGAAUGUGUGUCAAUUGGACACAGACUCAAUCGGACACAAGAAGAAACGGACACAUAACGAAGGCAAUCGGACACAGUCUCAAUCGGACACAUUAAGCGGACACACAACAGUCUCAAUCGGACACGGUUACAAUUGGAUACGAGGUGAAACGGACACAUAACAGUCUAAAUCGGACAAAGUUCCAAUUAGAACAGUUUUAAUCGGACACAAUAGUAUUAAAACAGACUACUUUUUUAAUGUUUUUAUUCUUUUUGUUCGUGUAAACGUGUAGGCGGGGAGGAGAAGAGCGCAGCGAUUAGAACUGUGUUGAGACUGUCGUGUGUCCGUUUCACUUUGUGUCUAAUUGUAACUGUGUCCAAUUGAGACUGUCGUUCUAACUCGUGUCCAAUUAAAACCAUGUUCUGGGUACUGUGUCCGAUUGAGAUUGUCAUGUGUCCAUUGCUUGAUGUGUCCGAUUGAUACAUCUUGCCGUGUCCGUUUUAUUUUGUACGCAUCUGGAACUCAUCUACAAAAACCAACGCGUCAAUCAGCAUUUUAUUUUUAUGAAGCAACAUAUGGAUUGAAUAUCGCGUAGUUUUUUAUCAUCUUAUCGUAUCGUGUUGACACGUACUGCUUGUACUUAGAAGUCCUAAGACUCAUCGAUAUUCUUGCAGUCACUUUAUUCUGACGUUAGAAGUGACGAAAUAAUUAUUGCAACUUAUGUAAAAAUAAACGAAUAUUUCUGCACAAACUCACAAAUAAAGUAUAGCCGUUCGAGCCCUGGUUAAAGUACUAUUUUUUGCAACGGAUUUUCUACUAAAUAACAUCAACAUUUGCUAACUGGUUAUAGAAUUAUAUAGAGUCUCCUAAAAGUCCGGAAACGCUAAAAAAUCUCAAAAACAAUCAACUAUAACAAAAAAUAUGUACAAAACAAAGUUGUACUUAAAAAAAUCUUGUAGUGAUAAGAGUUUGACAUUGGAUGGAGUUUUU